GCUUAGAGAGGGCUGAAAGCCCUAUGAAGCGGUAUAUAAGUCUAACUGCUAUUGCUAUGAAUAUAGAAAAAGGACAUUACUGGAGUAAUGUUGGCCUGGCAGCUGGAACCCUCAAAGGGGAGGUAUUCUGCAUUUUGUAAUACCUGAACCAGACCUAGAUGUCACAAGAUUCAUGGCAGCUAUACCUGUCCAAACAGGUCCUUUAGAAAUGGCCCCAUCUUUCUUUAAAUCUGAAAUACGUGUACUUCUGGAUUGCAGCCAGUCCAUUGAAGUAGCUCAUUUCACAGCCAACUCUAAUUAUAAUAAUAAUACAGUGUUCUCCUUUCUUUUUAGUUCAGUCUUCAUUUCUUGGCAGUGCUGUUCAGACAACUCCUUCAUCGAACACACUGUGGAAGACAAAUUCUUUAGGAAUGGAAAGCAUAAGCAGGCAAAGGUCUUCAUCAGAUCCACCAACUGUCCAUCCCCCUGUUCCACCAUUGCGUGUAACAUCUACAAACAUCCUCUCUUCAGCACCUCCAGCUGCAAAGGCAGCCUGUGGUUUUGAAGCUUUGAACCAGCAGUCAAAACAGCCAACUCUACCACAGACCAAACCUACUCCACCACCACUUCCUCCACAGCCUCCAAGUCGAAUAUCUCAGAAAAAGCCGCUGUCUGGUUGAGUCUUCCUCCGCAUCUGAGACUGCUGGAUCUCAAACUGCCCCUUCUACCAACAUAUCAGUGCCAAUCCAGCCUCCAGCUCCAAUGCCAAGAAAAUCACAAAUA